UUUUCGAGCGUUACGCGUCUACUCGAAGCUUAACUGUGUAACGAGUGGAUGGUAGUAGGGUUAAGAAAAUUGGCUGAGAUAAUGCGAAUGUUAAAAGUGAAGCGACAACCAAAGUUUGGUCAUUCCACUCUUGGACAUACGUCUGAUCACUCCACAGUACACUUGUUCCUUGCAUCCAAUAUUUUUCGUUUGAGAACAAUGCCGUGCGUACGACAUGAAAUUAACACACCUUAUGAGAAGGCGACCUUCGGUAUGGGAUGCUUUUGGGCAUCGGAUUCUCUUUAUGGAGCAACGCCUGGCGUGUUGAGGACAAAAGUUGGAUAUUCUGGAGGUACCAAAGUUGACCCCAAAUAUAGAGAUUUGGGUGAUCACACUGAAGUAAUAGAAAUCCACUAUGAUCCGAAGAUUGUAUCUUACGAGGACCUUUUGGAGUUAUUCUGGAAUAACCAUGAGUAUGGUCUUACAACCAUCAUCAAAAGACAAUACAUGUCUUUGAUUUUGUAUCACAACGAAGAUCAGCUAUUUUCAGCGGAGAAAUCGCUGAAGCAGCAGGCUGAUCGUUUGAACCAAAAACUGAUGACUGAAAUCGCUUCAGCCGGUAAAUUCUAUCCAGCCGAAGAUUAUCAUCAAAAAUAUAGAUUGCAAAGACAUCCGUGGCUCUGCGAAAUGCUCGAGAUGACCUCGAGUUUGCUACAAACGUCGCACAUCGCAUCAAGACUAAACGGUUACCUAGUGGGUUUAGGUAAUGAACAAACCAUCGAGAAAGAAUUGGAGCAGUUUGGUUUCAACGAGAAAAUGAUCGAUUACGUGAGGAAGGAAUGGAAGACAAACGAGGGAGGUAGCCUCUACUGCUGAUAUUAUCUUUAAAUAUAUUUAAAACCUAGUAUUUAUUCGCCUAAAAGCACAAAACACAGUGAAACUUGUUAUAUAAUGAACAGCAGAAGCGUCGAGAAGGAAAUGUGUAUAAAAUCGGAACAAAAUUUUAUUAUUUCUUUGUUAAAUACAAUUACAAAUUAAAGCUUUGAACAGUU